UAAACGCCUGGCUCGCGACGAGAGCCACGAUUCGAGUCAGACGCACCGAUCGCGCACUAUCCUUAUUUGGGCAAAACCGCGAACGCCUAUAUUGACUGAGUGAAAAAUUAAUUCGCAACCAUGGCUGAUUCGAACAAGAGGAACAUCCCCAUCAAGCUAGGCGACUUCAGCGUCAUCGACUCGGAAUUCAGCAACAUCCGCGAGCGGUUUGAUGCUGAAAUGCGAAAGAUGGAGGAUGAGAUGACGAGAUUCCGCUCUGAAUUGAUGAACAGAGAGUCCAACUUCUUCAAGACCACUACUAGUCACCAAAGCCAUAGCAGCGAGAGCAUCAAGAAUUGGAGUGGUCCCGGCAAAUUUGUUCCGCACCAAAAGCAGGAUGAGCACAGCUCAACUUCCUCUACCUUCCACAGCUCAUCUUCGAGCACCACGGCCAGCAGCGAUGGACGCACUGGUGGCGGCGAAGUCAGGACUUGGCUCGAUGGACUCGACUCGCCGCUAAUCCAGCCCGACGGCGCCGACAACAAGAUGUUGAAGCUGCGCUUCGACGUCAGCCAGUACGCCCCAGAGGAGAUUGUAGUCAAGACCGUCGACAACAAACUGAUGGUGCACGCAAAACACGAGGAGAAGUCCGACAGCAAGAGUGUGUACCGUGAAUACAACCGAGAGUUCCUCCUUCCCAAGGGUACAAAUCCGGAAGACAUCAAGAGCUCCCUUAGCAAGGACGGAGUUUUGACGGUUGAGGCUCCCUUGCCGGCUCUCGGACCGGGCGAGGCUCGAAUCCCCAUCACCCAGAACUAAAAUUGGGGUGAACACGAAUAUAUGCACCACACGGCCAGCAACUGCAUGCACAAACUUCUAGUAUCAAUAUUAUAUUGAUACUUUGCCUAAAAUGAUAUUACUUGUUCAGCUUUUUAUCACAAACUAAUCUGUCAAACAAAAAAUGAUGUUAAAAGUCCCGGCUUAUCCUCUCGUUGAAAUUCAGUCGGUAGCCACAGCUAGUCGGUCAGUUGUUUAAAAAGAGAAAAUAAAUUUUGAUGAUAUGAUAAGCCAAGUUCAUUUUUCUUAUCAGAAAAUAACAUGCUUGCAGCACAAAUAUAAUUAACAAUUAUUAUGUGGUGGUGCAUUACUGGCGUUGAGGAAAAAUGAAUCAAAUAGAGUGGGAUGUAUUUAUUAUUUAUAUAGAGUAUUAUAUGGAACACAUAUUUUUGAAUCUGAACUGAAGGUGAUAAUCUGAUAUAUGGAAGGCAGCCUGCUUAAUGUUAUAGUGGUGUAAAAUUACACACAGUUUGCGUAGAGGUCAACAGUGAUUGUGAAAAAGAAAAAUUUUAAGGACAAGGCUUUUUAAUUGCAAAAGCUCGCAAAACCAUGUUUUUUUUUACUUGCAGAAAUAAAUCAUUUUCAAAAAUA